CGAAAAGAACAAAAAGGUUGGCAGAGCACCUACCUGCCUUUGGUUCCCUUACUUUCCACCUUGGCUGUUGGUCGCAUCUAUAGUACACCAUGAUAGGAGAUCCGCAAUAUGCUUGGCCUUUGCCUUUGCCUGUUCAUCAUAAUAGGUUGAUGCAAGUCGAGGCAGCGACGAGUGUCGACGAGGUCGCCGUAAAAGUAACACUUAAUGACAUUCACCGCCGGUUUACUCUGGCUGAAGCGAAUCAUACUGAACUCUUGAAAACUGUCCGGUCUUUGUUCGGUUUGGCUAAAAGCGAAAGUUUGCACCUGUGGUGGGUCGAUGAAGAUGGUGACAACUGCUGCUUGGACCAUGAAGCGGAGCUUAUUGAAGCUGUGCGAUGGGCGCGAAAUAACUGUAAUGGGCUCCUAAAAGUCAGAGGUCGAUUCGGAAGCGACAGUGGCCCACAUGCAUCCUUCAAUCGGUCUGUCAAACCAGCUUUCAACGACUACUAUGACACGUCUUCUUCUUCUGGAACCGAUGAAUACGAAAAUGAUUGCGGUUCCGCCAUGUACGAGUCCGAAUCUGAAUACGAUUCAGUAAAUGCGUACCCGUACGUGCGAGCUGAGCAUUUGGACGAUGUGUACAAUGAUGCGUCCUCCGACACCGAGACCGAGGAGCCUUCUACACCCAUCGGUGCGGUGGCCUACUAUACGCCCAUUGCCAGCCUUCCCGGUGUGCUCCUCCGAGAACUUGAAGACCGCGAAAUGGAAGAAGGCCUUCUGGGCCGUCCGGACUUCACCAUCGCCACCAGCAUUUUUGCAGAUGACGCCCUUUCUUGGCACCAAACAUCUUCUACGCAAUAUGAACCGGCUGACACCAAACAGAUGGGAACUCAAAUCGCCCCCAAAAUGUCGGAACAAUGCAUUCAAACUGAUCUGAUCAGUUUCACUCAAACGGCACGUCCUUCAGUCACAACUCAAUCCGUUCAAACUGUCAUCAUAACCAAAACUGCAUGCACGUCGACUCCAGCUCCUACAUUUACGGCCUCAAGCACUCAAUGUGAUGCCGCCGAAACAACUACGACUAUAGUCCAGCGUUCCCCAACAACUAGCGCCUCGUCAACUCAAACAACUCCAGAAACAAAUGAAUCAUCUACCCGACCAGCCCCGAAAUCAACAUCCACAUCCACUCAAUCCAGCUCUACUGAAACAACAGAUUCAUACACUCAAUACGACUCAACCUCGGUAGAUGUGCGAUCUGGGCCUGACGGUGACGAGAGUAGUCAACAAAAGCGCUUCAAAGCAGUUGGGUUCUCCCAUGCGGUUAGCAUCCCCAUUGUUGAGGAGCAUGAGGAGGGUGAGGUAGAGGAUGAGACGGAGAGGCCGGGAAGUCCUUACCCCCAUGAAGAAUCCGAUGAAGAGGGCGAUGCGUUGUUGAACGACGAGAGAGAUGGCGAGCCGGAGGCGGAGGAGGAAGAGGAGAGUGAGAGGGUCAAGGUUAAUAAUGCCAUAGAUGCCCUUCAAAGUCCCGGAGACUUUGUGCUUGUGUGAUGACUUGGAUAGAUAUUAUGUAGAUUGCGUCACUUUCGGUCUAUGGGCCACGUACAUUUUGUAUACAAUAACUGUAAGCUUUAUUCAAUUGCAAAACUAGCUCAC